ACCGUGGGAAGCUAUCUAAAAUACAUUUUGUUAUGAAAUUGAUUUAAAUUGCAUUACACUGGCUAAUAAUUCGACCAUUACCUUCAACUACGUCAUCACACGUUUGGCGAAAACACUGAUUAAAAAACGUGAUAUUUAAUGUAAACAUUUUCUAUUUAACGUCACAGAUAAAUGAUUGUAUUUCCUCUGUACUUGGACAUGGGGAGAAAAAACGCGAGAGCGCCAGGGCUUGGACAGAGCUUAAUUAAAAACAGAUUUGGUAAAACUCAGACUGGACAUCGACAUGCAGCCGAAUUAUCCGCAGAACACGACGCGGCGCAACUCAAUCUUCAAUCAGUUACCGAACUCAGUUCUUUGGACGAUUUUCUCGCCACAGCAGAACUUGCUGGGACCGAAUUCACAGCUGAAAGACUAAACAUUCAUUUUGUAAAUAAUGACACAAAAGGAAUCAUAUCCAAUGACCAACAAGAGAGGAUUGAAGCUGCUCAACUUGAAUACCAACAUCUACUUGGUAUUCCACGACGACCCCCAUGGACCAAACAAACUACAAAGGAAGAACUUGAGAAAUUGGAAACGGAAUCUUUCUUGGCUUGGAGAAAAAAACUGACUGUUAUUCAAGAUAAUGAUGACCUGAUCAUCACUCCUUAUGAGAAGAACUUAGACUUCUGGAGGCAACUGUGGAGAGUCAUUGAAAGAAGUGAUGUCAUCGUGCAAAUUGUGGAUGCAAGAGACCCACUUUUGUUUCGAUGCUUGGACCUGGAGACUUAUGUGACAGAAAGCAAUGAAUCGAAACAGAACAUAUUGCUUGUCAACAAGGCUGAUUUACUUUCAUCAAAGCAACGAAGUGAAUGGAGAAGUCACUUUGAACAAUUAGGAGUGAAUGUGGUUUUCUGGUCAGCAGUUUUGGAAAAUGAAAAACUUGACGAGAAUUUUGAUCAUUCACAGUUAGAAGCUCUUGACGUUGACGACCUAUUCACUCGUGAACAGUUGAUUGAUUUCUUAAAAAGUUUAAUUGAUAAACCCAACAAAGUUGUGGGCAUGGUGGGUUACCCUAAUGUUGGAAAAAGCUCAACUGUUAACACACUAAUGGGGGUAAAAAAGGCAGCUGUAUCUGCAACACCUGGAAGAACAAAACAUUUUCAAACUUUACAUAUUGACAGUGAGUUAUGUCUGUGCGAUUGUCCUGGUCUUGUUUUCCCAAGUUUUGUCUCUAACAAAGCAGAAAUGGUACUCAGUGGCAUUCUACCUAUCGACCAGAUGCGAGACCACGUUGCGCCUGUAAAUUUACUCGGUCAUCGAAUUCCUCGUAGAGUUAUAGAAGUGACGUAUGGUUUUAACAUCUCAAAACCUAAAGAAGGAGAAAAUCCUGACCGUGUCCCAACUGCUGCGGAAAUUCUCAGCGCGCAUGCUUUAUCACGUGGUUUCAUGACAACGCACGGACAACCAGACAAUUCCCGUUCUGCGAGGGUUAUUUUAAAAGAUUAUGUUAACGGAAAAUUACUGUGUUCUGUUCCACCCCCUGGAGUGAGUGGCGAAGAAUAUAAAGCUUGGACCAUUUCCAAAGUUGAAAAAGUAGUGAAUUGUAUGCCCGAUGUAGUAAAUGACGACAUGGCAACUGUAGUUGCCAGAAUUCAACGUCUGAACAAGAAAGAUGUUGGACCAACAAUUAGCAAAGUUGAAUCGGACUUUUUUGCACCAAAAGAAGUACGCGUGUUUACAAAAGGUGCUAAACAAGACUUGGCAAGUGGAAAAGGUUCAAAAAAGCACCACAACAACAAGAAAAAAGAGAAAACACGUCGCAUUAGAGCAACUGAAUAUUAGUUUAGUGCAAUCAUGUGGCUUUGUAAAUCUUGUACAGAAAUUGGGUCUAGUUUUAUUUGGCGCAAAUAUAAAUUCAAAACCUUGAAUUUUUAUCGCCAAUAAAAGAUUAAGGUUCCGACAUAUA